CUUCCACUUAUCUGGACUCAACAGACUAGCUCAUGAGACACACAAAUUAUGAGCAUAAUGACUCUUUUCACAUGGCACAGAGGCAACAGCUUAUUAAUAUUAACCUGAUGAAGAAAAAGAAACUAUUUUAGCAUUUACAAGGUCACCCAGUCCUAGUUACAGACCUGCAGAGAAUCCAUCGACAACAGUGCUGCACCUUUGUUUAGAACGCAAAGAGAGGAGCACUGCCGAAGCAAACAGGUACAUCACAGUUGGGAAUUCUUUAGUGAUCCAUGUUAUCACCAAACACCAGAAGAUGAAGACCGUUGCCAAUUUCUUUAUAGUGAAUCUUGCUGCAACUGACAUCUUGUUUCUUAUUUGCUGCGUACCCUUUACUGCCACACUGUACCCACUGCCCAGCUGGAUCUUUGGAGAAUUUAUGUGCCGUCUGGUGAACUAUCUUCAGCAAGUGAGAUACACUACACAGAUACAAUCCGACUAUGACAGGCUGGAAAAAUGAGAGUGGUGACUGCACAGGCAACAUGUAUCACUCUGUCAGCAAUGAUUGUCGACCGCUGGUAUUUGACUUUGUACCCUCUGCAAUCCCUGAGACACCGCACACCUCGGAUGGUUCUGGCCAUCUCCCUGUCUAUCUGGAUAGGCUCCUUGAUUCUGUCCAUCCCUGUCGCUGUGUACAAGCGUCUGGAGGUGGGAUUUUGCUGGUUCGGUCCUCAGACAUACUGCAGUGAUGUUUUUCCCUCUGCCCACCUCCAGAGAGCUUUCACCAUCUACAGCUUUGUAGCUGUCUACCUCUUACCCCUGCUUACCAUCACUGCGUGUUAUGUCAUCAUGCUCAAGCGGAUGGGCCGGCCCAGCACGAAUCCCACUGGCAGUGGCUACCAAUUAAAUCGUGCAGUAGCAGUACGGGCGCAAGUCUCUCGUAUGGUGGUGGUGAUGGUGUCUCUGUUCCUCGUCUGUUGGGGGCCGAUCCAGGUUUGCAUCCUCCUGCAAGCUUUUGGCCUCCGGAGUUACAUCCUAUAUAAGCUGAAGAUUUGGGGUCACUGCAUGUCUUACUCCAACUCUUCUGUAAACCCGUUUGUGUAUGCUUUCAUGGGCAACAACUUUAGAAAGGCUUUCAAGCAUGCCUUCCCUGCCAUUUUGCUGUGGCGCUCAAGAGGGAAAGUCAGAGUGGGAAACACGGACGCAGAGGAAGGAGUAGAGACGGAUCAUCGGGCACCCAAAGGAGAAGCAGAGAUGCACUUUCUUUCAUCUAGCCCCUAAAGGCCAUGCUGAGCAUUUGGACACGGUGCACUCAUUGUUUAUUUAUACUUUCUCCUGAGAUGAGAGCAGUCUGCUCACUGUAGUAUAUGUUUGCUUGGACACGCACACACGCACACACACACACACACACACACACAGAAACAUUGUAUAAUUCCAUGUGAUCUCUAAAUAGGGACAAACCGGUCAAGCGAGUCUCGUGUGUUUCACGAGCUGCUGAAUUAUCUCUGUCACGCUUUUCUAAGUUACGGUUAAAUUAAUGCUGUCAGCCUGACUGCUAGAGCUUCUGGUUUUACCUUUGUUACAACUUCGUAGAAAAAAACCCAAACUGUGCCAACAGCAACUGCAACGGACUGGUUCCAUUUGAUAGAAAAUUGUCUUGCUGAAUCUUUGGUAACACAACAAUCUGUGCAAUACUGUGCAGUAAAUACUCAAACUGAUUUAAUUUAGUCUGUUGUGCUUACAUUUUCAAACAUUUAUUUACUUUCAUCUCAUCUUUUUAAAAAUGCCCAUGUUCACACUUACACCUUUGACUGUAUCUUGUAGUUUUUGUUCCAAAUUCUGUUUCUUGUCCCUCUGCUGUGCUGAUUUGUCAUAUUUUACAAGUUACAAAAACAGAAAUGAAACAAAGCUUCUGUGUCCUUCAGUGCUCUUAUGUAAGCAGUCUGUACUUGUGUUAUAUUUGCAUUAUAAGUACUGUGAGAGUGUACUUUUUAAAUAUCUUUUUAAACUGUAGCAUGCUAAUGCUUUUCUCUCUGCUGUUGUUGGUUGGGAAUGUGGAGCAAUUUUAGUUCAUUUUAUGGGUAAUGUUGUUAUUUUGAGGACAAAUAUAUACCAAAUAUAUAUCAGUCUGCGUUUGAGUUUGGUUAGUAUUAAGAAGAGAUCAAAGUUUAGAUUCAAAUAGUGAAAACCGUGUCUUACAGAGUCUUACUGAAAUGAAACAAUUGCAUGUGACAAGGUGGUACCGUGUGCAGCUACUGGUGAGACUGACUUCAAAUGAAGGGCAUUUACGUCCUUACGUCCAUCCUUACUCUUAACAGGGAGCAGAUGUGUAAAAGACACUGUGGGAUGUUCAUUUUCUCCAUCAUUGCAGAUAGACAGAAUCAAAUCUGAAGGAAAACACAAUAUGUUGCGUUUGUUUGCUCGGAUAUAUUAUAUUUUGUUGUUUUUUCACGAUGCUAUCCUAUGCACUCUCUUUUGAUGUUGACUUUUUUGAGGAAGCAGCUGUGAGCACAUGCGACUUGUCUCCAUUAAACCCUGUUAAUG